AUGGACUUGUACAACGCGUACAUCUCAUCGACUGUGCGAAGCCCUAGUGAACUCGAGGAAGGUUUUUCUCUGAACAAUGUUCUCGCCGCUCUUGGCCUUUCCCCGGACACCUACAAAGUAGACUCCUCUCAACAAUCUUUCCAUGCGAUCAAAACACACAACAAUUCAACCUCUGCUCUGGACAGUGCUGCGACUUUGCUACAGCGCUUCGAACGCGCUCGGGGUGGCGCAGAACUAUUGGACGAAGCCGUUCAGGAAGGACGCGAGUCUCUACACCUGGCUGUGAGCGAUGGCGAUCAGAUCGCUUGUCUCGAUGUACUUAUUCCAGUUCUUUGGGCGCGGUACAUGCUGUACGGCAACUCCGGGUUGCCACGCGUCCUACCCACUCUGACAGAGCUCUGUCGUCGCGCCUAUGUGCUCGGGGUUCUUACCCCAACUCGAAGGUGCUUGAUGGCCGAGAGUCUGGCUCUUGUUCUCCUUACUGCUUACGACGAGUCGAACCCCGCGAAUCUAGAUCACUCUCCACUAUUUGAAGCAGCGGAUCUAUACAAGAAAGCUCUACAUUUCCAUGAGACGGGCGCACAUGACGAUGACGCUCACCACGCUCACGUCUUGUUAUCCUCUGUCGCUGUCGAGAUCCAGGUUUCGGACGUCGAAGAUGAACAAAUGGAUCUUGACGGGGCCCUCGAGAAGAUGUGCCAGGCGCAAGAUCUUGGUCUCACCCAUGGGCCUUUCCUUGGUUCAUUCGCCGCGUUGCUUGAAGCGCGUUAUGACGAACGUAAUCAUGCUAGGGACCUAGAUUCGGCCGUAUCCCUACGCCGCCAACUAUGCGUCGUUCACCACGCCGGACAUCCUGGCCACGCUGAAGCACUAUCUUCACUCGCUAACGCUCUAUGGCGUCGUUAUAGGCUUAAAGGCGAUGUCCCAGAUCUUGAAGAAUGUCUCGAGCUACGCCGCGAGCGUUUACGGAAAACUCAUCCCCACGAUGGACCUAGGUGUAUUGACGCAAUUCUCAACCUGGUCGAUGUGAAACUUCAUAUACUUGAAUCUGAACGCUCUGACGCAUGGGGAGCUGUGCUCGAUGAUCUCCGCCUCGGGAGCUUCGACAUGGCCGAAAGGCUAGACAACGAUCCUGUUGUUGUGUCGGCUAUAUUGGCAGAAAUCGGCAAAAGGCGAUUUCAGGCAGAACCUUUCCUUGCUUAUCGUUGCUUCGGAUAUGCAUCUUCCUCCUCGGACUACAACCUUGAACUCCGGUAUCGGGCUGCCACACAGCAAGCGGAGGCCGCAUUAGCUCUUGGCAGCCUGCCCAUGGCGAUCAACGCGUUUCGUGACUCUUUCAAGCUUCUUGAUGAAUGGUUGGCGACCCAAGCGACCAUAGAACUGCGACAGUUCACGCUUUCACUCCUGCGUGCUCAUCAGCCCGCGUACCGCGCGUUCUCCGUGGCACUCGAGGCAAGAGAGCUGGAGACGGCUGUCGAGUUUCUCGAACAAGGCAGAGGUCUACUCUGGUCCAAGAUGAGAGCCUACCGUGAAACUCCGGAAGGCCUAGAUACGGUGCAUCCCCAAAUAGCAAGGGCCCUACGGGACUGCCAAUAUCGCCUUGAGCAACUCACCACGAGCUCAGCGGUAUCGUCGGCACUCGAGAAAGCGCCACCUUUGGGUCCAGGCUGUGCGUCCAAUCAGGUUAUGGACGUCUUCAAGCACAGUCUGGCUCAAGAGCAUCGUUCCUUGGCGCAACGACAUGCCGCGUUGGUCCAGGAUAUACGGGCGCUGCCCGGUUUUGAGCAUGCAUUUCAGCCGAAGACCUUCAAGUGGUACCAGGAGGCCGCCGCGGAAGGGCCUAUCAUCAUCUUAAAUGUGUCGAAAGAGGUCUCGGACUUUGUCAUCAUCGACCACUCCCGUCCGCCUAUUGCUUUCGCGCUAUCCUCUGAACUUCCAAGCCUAAUACCAAAGUUCAUUGAAGCGAUCGACGUAGCUCAGCGAGGGUCACGACCAAUGGCUAUGCGCCGCCCAUCGUUCAACAUCCACGUUGCUCUACGUGCUCUUUGGAAGUACAUAUGCCAACCAGUCAGUGCGGUACUUAAGGGCCUAGGCUUCCAUAAAGGGUCGAGGAUCUGGCUUUGUCCAUGCGGAAUGUUGUCGACCUUGCCGCUUCAUGCCGCUGGGCCGUAUUCUGCGAACGAUGACACUCAUGGCGAGCUUUUCGGCGAUCUGUUCACCAUCUCCUAUACCUAUACACUCUCUGCGUUGAUUGAGUGCAGGCGGAAGCGGGCCAGAUCUUCCGUGCCUGUCCUGUCUCAUCCGUCUGACCUCGAGAUACUCGCCGUUGGUCAAUCAUCACAACUCUCUAUGGUUGAAGAAGAGUUACGACUUGUAGGCGAGAUCUUUAGAGAUCAGUCGGUGAUCCUGGAUAAUCAAGCGGCCAAACCCGACACGAUAUUCGAGCACUUGCUAAGAGCGAAGAUUGUCCACUUCUCCACUCAUGGUGAACUCCGCGCAACACGUCCAUUUGAAUCGCACUUCGUCUUACAUAACGACGAGCGCCUCAGUCUGCUUCAGAUCAUGCGAAGCCGGCUUGAACGACCCGAGCUUGCGUUUCUCGCAGCAUGCCAUGCUGCCGCAGGAACUCACCGAUCCCCGGACGAGGCGCUCAGCCUAGCAAGCGCCCUUCUCUUCUGCGGCUUCCGGUCGGCAGUAGGGACGCUAUGGACGAUGGCAGACGAAGACGGUCCCGUAUUGACACGUCUCUUCUAUGAGCGAUUGCUUUUGCAUCGCGAUGCCGAGGGAGGCGCAGACUGCUCGCGAUCAGCUGAAGCGUUGAGUGAGGCUGUCAGGGAGAUGCGUAAAAGGGGUGUUCCCGUAGAGCGCUGGAGCACAUUCAUACAUGUUGGUGCCUGA